AUGGUCCUCUCCCUCGCCCGCGUCGCCCUCCGCGCCACCGCCCGCCCCGCGCUCGCCGCCGCCGUCCGCCCCGCCGCGUUCACUGCCGCCCGCUACUCGUCGCACCAGGCCGAGGAGUCGUACGAGCAGUUCAACGAGCGCUACCAGGCCUUCUUCUCGCAGGUCGGUGACCUCUUCGAGCUCCAGCGCGGCCUCAACAACUGCUUCGCCUACGACCUCGUCCCCUCGACCGACGUCGUCGAGGCUGCCCUCCGCGCAUCCCGCAAGGUCAACGACUACGCCACCGCCGUCCGCAUCCUUGAGGGUGUCAAGGAGAAGGUCGAGAACAAGGGCCAGUAUGAGGCUUACCUCACUGAGCUCAAGCCCGUCAUUGAGGAGCUUGGCAUCCAGACCAAGGAGCAGCUCUACAACCUUUAA